UCCUCGGCCUCGCUGAGCACGCCGGAAGCCGUAGUCUCCCCGCCUCCCCUCAGCUGCGCGGGUUCCAUGUCGGCGGCGGAGGUAAACAAACUCGCUUUCCCGUCGUGCUCCGCGGCCAAGGCUGAGCGCGGAGGAGGAGGCGGAGGGAAGGCCGCGGCCCCGCCGCUCCUCUCACGGGCCAGGGGAGUGUUGUGAGGCGGCGGUGGCGGUGGCGGCGGCGGACCAAGAUGGCGGCGUCGGGCUCCGGGGCCGCUGCGGGAGCCGGACCGGGCUCCUCCUCCUCGGGCGGCGGCAGUGCUGCGUCCUCGGCCGCAGCGGCGGCGUCCAACCCGCGCAAGUUCAGCGAGAAGAUCGCCCUCCAGAAGCAGCGGCAGGCCGAGGAGACGGCCGCCUUCGAGGAGGUGAUGAUGGAGCUGGGCACCACACGGUUGCAGGCCCAGAAGCUACGUUUGGCGCAUAGCCGGGGCCCAUACUACAGUGGCUCAUUGCCCAACGUCAACCAGAUCGGGAGCGGUGCCGCUGAGUUUCAGGGGCCCCUCCAUUCGCCGCUGGACUCCGCCCGCAGCACGCGACGCCACGGCCUGGUGGAACGGGUGCAGCGGGAUCCCCGGCGGAUGUCUCCGCUCCGCCGCUACAUGCGUCAGAUCGACAGCUCCCCUUACAGCCCUGCAUACCUGUCGCCUCCUGCGGAGCCCAGUUGGAGGAGGACCAUGCACUGGGGUAACUUUCCCACGGAGAAAGGACACUUGUUUAGGCUGCCGUCUGCACUUAACAGAACAAAUUCUGACUCCGCCCUGCACACGAGCGUGAUGAACCCCAACCCGCAGGACACCUACUUGGAGCCCUCCCAGGGUGUCCCACCUCCAAAUCGCAAGAGUGGUUACCUGGCCAAUGACAUGGAUAGCAAUGUGUUUCAUUACCAAGUGCCUUCCAUUGAAGAGAACCUCCUGGAUGAUAGCAAGCAGUCGCUGAAGCCCUGGGACACCAAAAAGCUCUGCUUAUCAUCCCCCCGUCCGAGGUCCUGUGAGGUGCCUGGGAUCCACAUCUUCCCAUCCCCGGACCAGCCUGCCCAUCUGCCUUUGAUCCCCGCUGUCCUCAACACAGGGGGCUCACUCCCCGACCUCACCAACCUCCACUUCCCCUCCCCACUGCCCACGCCGCUGGACCCGGAUGAGUCAGCCUACCCAAGCCUGAGCGGCGGGAGCAGCACCAGCAACCUGGCCAACACCAUGACGCACCUAGGCAUCAGUGGCGGCAUGGGGCUCGGCCCUGGCUACGACCCCCCCGGACUGUGCUCAUCUAUGCAGAGCUCCCUGAGUAACCCUUGCAUCCAGUCCUCGCUUAGCAACCCCUCGCUGCAGGGCUCCCUGAGCAACCCUUCGCUCCGCUCUUCCCCCAGCAGUUCCUCCAUCCCCUCAUCCAUGAGCAACCCCUCCCUCUCCUCCUCCCUCAGCAACCCCUCCCUCCCCACCUCGCUCAGCAGCCAAUCGGUGCAGUCUGCCCCUGGCAAUCCCGCCCUGCAGCAGCAGCCCGGCUACAGUGCCUCUUCCUCCUCCUCCUCUGCUUCUUCGGCCUCUGCCCCCGCCUCCUCCUACGCCCCCUUGAACGCCUCGCCCCGGCGCAGGGUCCCACUCAGCCCCUUGACCCUCCCCAUGGGCGGAGACUCGAGAAGGCCGCACCCAAAACAGUUCUCGCCAACUAUGUCACCCACAUUGUCCUCCAUCACACAGGGGGUGCCGUUGGACACCAGCAAGCUGCCAGCCGACCAGAGGCUCCCGCCGUACCCUUACAGCCAGCCCAGCUUGCUCCUCCAGCAGAGCCAGAAAUCCCUCCACCAGGCGCAAGGAGCAGCCUCUCAGCAAGGGCGCCAGCCUGUCCAGCAACAGCAGCCGCUACCGCAGCCUAUGCAGUCCCAGUGUACCUACCCAAUGCAUUACCCGUCCAAUUCGAUGCUCCAGCAUCAGCACCAGCUCGGCCAGCAGCUGGGUGACUUCGGCCUUUGCAGUUUGGAUCAGUAUGGUUUGAUUGACAACAUGAGCGGAGGCUUCGCGUUCAACAGCAACGCCUUUGCAGACGACCUGAGUGCCUUAAAUUAUCCCCAAGGCGACAACAUGGGCUUGUCGGGGAGCGGGAACACCAGCACCACCACUAGCGCCACCAGCAGCAGCACGCAUGACCCGCACCUGCUCAACCGCCAGAACCUGAGCAACUCCAGUCGCCACGGCCCCAUCCCCAACAUCAUCCUCACAGGGGACUCUCCGCCGGGGAUCUCCAGGGAGAUCGCCACAGUCUUGGCAGGCAUGCCAGGGUUCGAGAUGGACUCCUCCUCCCUGGGUCUUGACGAGGACCUGCGGAUCGAGCCGCUCACUUUGGACGGACUCCACAUGCUGAGCGAUCCCUACGCCCUGCUGACCGACCCGGCCGUCGAGGACUCUUUCCGCACCGACAGGCUCCAGUGAAGGAAAGCGGGGCUUGGGGGAGGGGGGGCACUGGGCAGAGAAAUGCCGACCUGUCAAAGUGGACGGGUCCCUCUUGAGCCAUGAAAAAAACAAAAGGACGGCUUUCGCUUUCCCAAACCGGAGGCGCCGGCCAAGGGAGGGUGCGGGGAGCGGAGAUCGUGCUUGGCCGUCCUCCCCCUUCCUACCCUACCCCAGUCGGAGCGUGUGUCUCCGUACCCCUCUGCCCUAGAGACAUCAGAAGCUUAAAAGCUUCCCACGGCACUUGGGCGCUGGACUUUGCAAAGCAAGCCCAGGUUACAGGGGACCUAAAGGGUGAGGGAAGUGUUGGCCCCACCACAGGCAGAGAGAAGCGUCUGCACCACUUAGAAGAUAGAGACCUUGAGAGGUUUUUUUUUACCCCCCCCCCCAAAGCGUUAAGUGGGCAGAAACGGGAGGAUUGAGGCAUUAGUGGCCUAGUCCCCUUGAACCGAGGGGUGGGUGUUUGUGUGAAUCUGAGACAAGUGUCUGCGCACCCCCCUCUCCAAUUAAUUCCAGCCAUUUCUUUGCCCCCCGUUUUUCCCUUGUGUAUAUUUUACACCCUGCACCGAUAGCAAUAGAGACUUUCAUAGCGUGCAGAGCUCGCGGGGGGGUAUGUGCGUUACAUUCUUGUGUUCUCUCUUUUUGACCUAAUCAUGUUUUUUAUUUUAUUUUAAAGAAAGGCAAUUCUGUACAUAAUCCCUCCCUCCCUCUCCUCACCCCCUACCCCUCCUCUUGAGCUGCCGUGUACAUGUGGGGGAGAGGAAAGGGGGAGGUCUCUUGUAAAGCACUUGUAACUUUGCAUUCUUAUCUGCCGUGAGGUCAGGUCCAACGUCCGUGCUUGAGUUUGGGGGGCGGGGGAGACACACACACCGGGGGUAGAUGGGGGAGCGUGGAUGGGGUGCAGCCCCUUCCCUCGCCUUCCCCUGCCUCCUGCCCCCCUUACUGUGGAGGAGAUAAACCAGAGUGAUUCUAUUAUUAUUUUUUAAAAUAUAUGUUAAUUAUAACAA